UCUUGUUAUUGAAGUCUUAAUAUUAUUUAUUACUUGAUUUGUUCUUUCACAAUGAAUCAAUUUUUAAAUAUACCAGAAUCGUAUAAAGACAUCACAACUGUUGCUAUAAAAGGAUUGGGAACUGAUAAUGACACAGUGAUUUGUACAACAGAUAAAAAACUUAUGACGUUUUUUAAAGGAUGUCUAAUGAAAAAUUGCAAUGUGGAGAUUGAAGUUAAACAUUUAGAACCAUUUCUUGUGUAUAAUGAACCUAAAGAUGAAGUUUAUUAUAUUUUACAUGGAGACAAUAAAGUUUUAAUAGUCAAAGAAGAAACAAGUCUUAAGAUUAUUACAACAUAUUCCAAUGUAUAUGAAAUGGUUGUAAAUGAUCAUAAUAGUUCAGGAAUACCUCAACUUUAUAUAAGAACAGACAAAGGUUUUGAAUCGGUUGAUAUUUUUGAUAACAAGGAACAAAUUAGUAACAUUCACCAAGAAACUUCAGUUGUAUAUACAUUUUGUGUAAACAAAUUACAACAUUUAAAAACAUUAUAUGACAUAGAAAGAAAUAAAAUAUCACAAAAAACUUCAUCAUUCAUUAGUGCUGUAAUGCAAGUGUCAAAUGAUGCUACUUCUGAUGUUAAAUUAUUAUCAAAUGUUGUUACAAAAAAUUCUUGGCUAAAAUUAUCUAAUGAAAAUCUUGUGUAUGGAUUUACUUUACAAAACACUUCAAAAUUACCUGUAUCAAAUUUUAAUUUAAUAUUGUUAGAAAACAAUAAACAAAUUUGGUCAAGAUUUCGAUACGAAUGUUGGGCUGUUGAAAAAAAUAAAAGUGGGUUUAACUUUUAUAGUGAUCAUGAAAAUACUUGCAUUUCCAAAAGUAUUGAAAAAAGUUUUAUGAGUUUGAAUUCUGAAAGCUCAAUCAUACUUACAAUUGUCAUUGAUAGUUGGAAUACUAAAUUACUUCCAUAUUUUGUUAAUAGUAUGGUAUACAUAAAUGACAAAAAUUAUGAUAUGAUACAAUACAUUUAUUCUGAUAAAAUUAUGGUUACUGCAGACUUAUUCUUGAAUAAAGAAUUUGAUACAUUUGUUAAAAAUGGAAUUUUUGUUGAAGAUUUAGUGACUUUACGUUGCACUAAAUUGAUUUCAUGUUAUCAAAUCAAGAGUACCAUGUGUCUUAAAGAUCUAAAAAAUAUGAUGAUGAACAAUUUUAAAUUUGAUAUAAAAGAUGAUUGGUUUGUUCACAGUUCUUUAUCAUGGUUAAGAACGGUUGUAUGCUAUUUGGAUCUAAUAUCGCCGUUAGAGUAUGUUCUUAAAGUGUAUUCAGACUCAUUGGGGUAUACAAAAACAUUUAUUCAAGUACUGACUACAAUGUUAUGUGAACACACUAUUAUUAAUUAUCUAGAUACUAAAGUACCAAAAUCUUAUAAUAUUGAUACUGCUCUACUAGAUUUAAGGGAACUCCGAAAAAUUUUUAAAAGAUAUUUGAAUAAAGAAAUAAUAAUACCAAGAGAUCAAUGGAAUAUCACACGUUGUAAAUUGUUGUUUACCUGACACGUCGAACACGUCUCCGCGAUGAUGCCGUGUGAUGGAAACAGUGGCGGAAAUGGCAUCCAACAGGAGCGCGAUAAAGAACGCCGUCAU